UGUUGUUAACUGCUUGGUCGGACGAAACGUUACAGAAAUACAUUUGUGUUAGUGUGCAGCUGGACUCUUUAAUUGGAUAAAAUGCAGUGAUGCUAGGAUAUUGUAGUAUUCAGGAUAUUGAAGACAUGUCGACAUAAUAACAUAGAUAUAUAACAUAAUAAUUUCGGAGAUCGGGCCACAGGACUAAUCUAGGCUAUUUCACCGAAAUUCAGGAUUUAUUCAACACUCCAUUGCCGCCAUUGUGCUGUGAAUGGGACGUGCAGACUUUAGGACAGUUAGACGGAAUUAUGGCAUCAGCGGUGGACAGCAAUGCUUUAUUUUUGCAACAAAAUGCAGCCGACACUUUACUGCGGGACAGUUCUAACUUGCAAGUACUACUCAACAUGGGAUUUCCAAAGCGCAGAGCAUUGAAAGCGUUGGUCGCAACUGGAGGUGCUGGAGUACAAGUUGCAUGUGAUUGGAUCUUUGCUCAUGUUAAUGAUCCAACAUUAGAUCAAGAUUUACCAAGAGAAUAUAUUUUAUAUGCAUGUCCAACAGGGCCACUAGGAGUGGUGCUUGACGAUUUCUGGCAAAAUUCUUUGAUAAAUUGUGGUCGUAACGGAGUACACAACUCAUUUCCUCAUGUGACGUUAUGUGGAUUUUUCAAGUGUAAAGAUGAAAAUGUUCACAAACUUCUCCAAGCCCUAGAAGAGGUUGCGAAACAAUCAACAAAAGAUUUGAAAUUUUCUAAAGUUGGACUCGAUUAUUUUUCAUCGUCAAAUUACGUUGGACUUUUUCUUGAAGAAGCUGCCGCCGACUUUCUUCGAAAAUUUUCUCAGGAAUUUGCUAAUAAAGCUGCUUCUGCCGCAGAUACAGUCGUUGAGCCGCACAGUAACAAACAAUUGCAUUUAACACUUGCAUAUAAAUUCAUUCCAAACCAACUUCAAGGACUUGAAACUCUUGCAAAGAAACUUGAUUUGAACAAACCUAGCCAUUGGGAACUCAGAUUAUAUUCUAAAGAAUCAAGGUUUCCUAAUUGUGAGACACUCCGGGUUCUUUAUCCUUUUUCACCUUCCUCUGAAAAUCAACUCCAGUUAAUAAAUGGAGAUUGUGUUUUCCUCAAUGCCGAUGCACAGAUCUCAAAAAAAUGUAUGGAUGGAUAUUUCUAUGGCACGUCAUGGAUGACUGGAUGCAGUGGAAUGUUUCCGGCAACACACGUUGAAAAAACAACAGAUACCGAAACAUGGACAACGCAUAAGGUUGUUUCCAUCCUUCAUCACAACCAGUCAUUAUCAGACCCAAGAACAAUACAACGUAGAUAUUCUCGAGGUGCUGAUGAGUUUCAUAGUACCGGGUAUAAUUCAUCACAAUCUCUGCUGCAAACACAAAUUCCAUCUGUUCCUGAGAUACCACCUCCCAUUCCCCCCUCUGUCAUCACAAAUGAUGCAAAAGCGAAGUUAUUAUCACCCCACACAAACUCCCAAAGCCCUGCGUCAAAGGAGAAUCAUUUCCAACCAUCCCCAGUUCUGCCUCCCAGGUCCCCAAUGUCCAAUCACAGUGCUCAAGUCACUGCUGUAAAUGGUGAGGCUCCUCCCACUCUUCCUCCAAGAGAAGAAGUCUAUACACAGGUUCAAAAACCUAAAGGCCAAGUUUCAAUCGUUCCGAAAGAUAUUCAAAUGGCUCGAAGGAUUUAUGUAUUCCGACACGCUGAAAGAGUUGAUAUUACUUUUGGAAAAGGAUGGAUUCAGUUAUCUUUUGAUGAUAAAGGAAACUAUCAUCGAAAAAACAUCAACAUGCCUCAAAAAAUUCCUAAAAGGCCAGGUGGCCCUAAAGAUUUUCAUAGAGAUACACCGUUAACUGAAAUGGGUCUCCAUCAGGCUUUCCUUACUGGUCAAGCGUUGAAGCAGAUUGGUGCAUCUGUUUCUAAUGUUUAUGUCAGUCCUUCAUUGAGAUGUAUUGAAACUGCUAAAGGAAUAUUAAAAGGCAUGGAACUAGAACGUCGAUUACCUCUCAGGAUUGAACUUGGACUUUUUGAAUGGAUGAGAUGGAGCCCUGGUGGAUUACCUAAAUUCCUUGAUCACUCUGCAUUGUUGGAAUAUGGCAUAAACGUCGAUCAGGCUUAUAAAUGUAAAUAUCUUCCGCAAGAUAUGCAACAGAAUGAAAAAUGUAACGAAUAUUUUAAACGAUGUCAUAAACUUAUCAGCAGUAUACUAAAGGAAACAUCUGGUGAUAUAUUAAUAUGUGGGCAUGCUGGAUCAUUAGAUGGUUUAUCUCGUGAAUUGCAGGGUUUAAGUCCUCGGCCAAUGACUGAUUUUGUUGGAAUUGUAACUAAGAUUCCAUACUGUGGUUCUGUCGUAUUGGAGGAAAUUUCAUCAGCUGCUAUAUGGGAGUUAAUUGAGCCCCCAUAUCCCUCUCUCACUCAUGCACCCAACCCAAGGUUUGAUUGGAAAAUGAUGGUCAAUUGAUCAUACGGAAUAUAUAUGCAUUGUAAUAACAUUUAAAGAUGAUGUUAUUUGUGCCUAGAAAGAGAUUAUGAACGCAAAGGAAAGAGCGUGUAAAAGCCAAACACCAUGUUAAAUCAUUGAUAAUAAACUUGCCUUGUUAGAAUUCUUAUCAGGUAUUGUAAGAUGUAGUAUAGAGCAUUGAUAUAAUUAUCACAUUCGACGCUCCAAAAGUAUGUGUACCAAUAUGGAGGUAUCUAAAUUUGUUCCCCUUUUUUUCAUCAAGUUGUGUAAAGGACUGCCAGGGGGCAUAUUCACUUGGCUAACACAGACAGUCCCGUCCUUGUAAUAGAACUAAAACAAGGAAAAUCGGAAUAAAAUUAUGGCCUAACCCUAACCUGGUACACAUACUAUGGGAGUACCUCAAAUUCUCCUAGUCCUAGGCAGGUUAUUAUCUGGAACUAGUCAUAUUGGACGACAGAUUCAGAAAAAUAAAAUCCUCCUGCUUCAAGAGAAAGAAAUCAACUAACUUUAGCAAUAUUGGUCUGCAGUUGUUCUAUGAAUAAGGCCGUAUAAACAGUAUGUGAUGAGUGUUUUUCAAACAAGAAAGAUAAGUUAAUUUAAUUUUGCUUGUUUUGUUUUUCUUCCAUUUUUGAGCUAUCGUUUAUUUUUAUCAAUUUCGCCAAAUUGUUUAAAAUACACAAUUUAUAUGCAGUAUAUAUAUUCGCGAAACCAAUCAAGAAAACCCUUUUUUUACUUAUUCUAUGUAUUAUCUUAAUCCAUGACAGUUUCUCAUGGAAAUUACUGAACUGAUGUCUUGUUUCUGAUCAUUAGAAACUCUAUGCAGUUCUUUCUUUUUAAGAGUGUAUGCCAAUACUUACUGUUCAAAAUUUAAAAAUGUCUCCGACAGUCUGGAAAACCUUGGCUUCGACUCUGUACCCUAAUGUUAGGGAAAAUUUUAAAUUAGACUACAGGUUGUGGACUUCAGCCCCGAGAUAAGAGAAAAUCAAAUUUUAUUAGCGAAGAUUUUGUCAUAUUUACCUAAGUCUUUUAUAAUAGAUUGUUAGAAUUCCUAUAAUUGAUGAUUUAUGAACUUGGACUUACCAUCGAUAGUGUGCAAUUCUGACUUUGGGAAAUCCAGAAUUUUGACUUGACUCCGGAAAUUCAAAAAAAAAAACUCCGACUGCCCAGCCCUGGUUGAAAGUAUUUAUUGGUUUGAACACGUGCCUGUGCUGUACUUUUUUCAUCUUUUUUCAAAUUGUUGACAAAUUUUGUAGAAAAUAAGCUGAUUGAAACAAGCUAGUAGUGGUAGAUUAAUGAUUGUCAAGUUGUGAGAUUAUAUCCUGUUUGGGUUUACCUGAUCUGAUCAAUCAGAGAAGAUAAUUUAUAAUACUUGAACUUUGUGUAUGGUUAUAUACGAUAAUUUCAGUAAUAUAGGGUAAUUCACACAAAAAUUAAGUUUUGAAAAUAGUAUUUACAAAACUGGAAAUCGGGGUCAGGUUCAACAAAAAUAGUUAAUGCAUAUUCAAUGAAUUUGGAAAAGCAGGAAAGUUUAGACAGUGACUUGGCUGAUUUACUUUUUUGCUCGACUUAGAAACUUAAAUGGAAGUUUAUUUGUUAAUGCUUUGAGACUUCAAUUGCUCAAAUUGAUAGUUUUUUGAAUGAAUUUGUUCCAAAUUAUUCCUUAAAUAUCAAAUAUAUUUAAAAUAAUAUUUCAUAUUGGUUGAAAUUUUGAACAUCAUUGCAAUGAAGAGAAUACUAAAAUACCUUAGAGAAUUGGGAAGAAUUAUAAAUAUAAAUCCAUUUAAAUUAUGCUGUCUAGAAUGAAUUAUGAAAUUUAAAAUAUGGUGAAUUCUUUUUUGUUAUGUACUGCCCAGAUUGAAUUACAUCCUAUUAUAUUUCACUGUAAACUACCAUGAAACUAUUUAAUAUUAUUAUUUUAUUAUAUAAAAUAUCCAAGUUCAUGAGAUAAAUGGAUGAUAUAACAAGA